AUGAAGAAUUUCUGGGCGCUCCCAGCUUUCUUGCGCCUUGCGCUUGCAAGCCAACACGCCUUUAAUGUGCAUGAGGAUUUGCUUGCAUUCCCCCAAUUCGACGUUAUAUUCCCAGAAUCAUACGUCACCGAAGAUGAUGCCACGUCCCUCCUCGCUCACACGACACCACACAGAACUAGUAUCACGAGCACGAAGUCGCAAGAAACACAAGACCUCUCCAAGCCGUCCAAGCCGUCCUCCAGCUCAUCACCGGGUGAAGAGUUCGAAUAUACAUACGAGCGUGUUGUAGUAAAAGGGCAACGCUAUCUAUGCAGCAUUCCCAUCAUACCGGAUGAGGAACCCCAGAACAAUACCGCAUCGGCGGAGGAGGCCAAAGCUGAGAAGGAGAAGGAGCUGGUACGUGCUACGGACCGCGGGUCGGAGUUGUUACAAGGAAUGCAAGGCAAUUGCAUAUACUACGUGAGCGGGUGGUGGAGCUACAGCUUCUGCUACAUGGCUGAAGUCAAACAAUUCCAUCAGCUUCAGACUGGACGCGAUCUACCAAUCUAUCCUCCCGUGGAAGACAUGAGCGUUAAGAGUUUCAUUUUGGGGGAGUACUCUGAGCAAAAGAAGGCGGAGAAAAAGAAGGGGAGGAAAACGCUGGGCAACGAGCAAGGCAGCAAGGAAGUCGAUGAUGAGGAAGUGACUAGUAAAAAGGAGGAGACUGCGCUGGAUCUCCCGCGACUCGAAACAAAAGGCGCAAGCACGUACAUGGUACAACAUCUAUCUGGAGGCACAGAAUGUGAUCUCACGGGCAGAGACCGCAAGAUUGAAGUCCAGUACCACUGCCAUCCUAGCGCGGGCGACCGAAUCGCCAUGAUCAAGGAAGUCAGCACCUGCGCUUACCUUAUGAAAAUCUACACUCCCCGUCUGUGUAAUGACGUCGCAUUUUUACCCCCACAAGACAACCUUGCCAACCAUAUAUCCUGCAAGGCCGUGCUCCGCGACUCGGAGAUCGAAGCAUGGACGCUCGAGAACGCGGAAUUCAAGAAAGCCCAAGAAACCCAACGCCUGAUCGCCGCAGCCGAAAACAACCCCCUCCGCCAGAUGAAGGACGGGCUCGAAGGCUCUACGAAGCGCGGGCCCAUCAUCGGCGGCACAGAAGUCGGGGCGCAAGCGUUUGUGGGCAGUGAAGGCCGUGUGAUUGAGAAGUCCAUUAUCGUCGGCGGCGGCAAGGCGGUCAACAAAGGUACUGUUCUCGAUAGUGAAGGUCGACGCAUGAGCGCCGCUGACCUCAAGAAAAUGGGUAUUCCCCCAGCUACACUGGAUGACUUGAAAGAGCAGGGCUUGGCGAAGUCGAGUGGCGGAAAGUGGAGGGUCGAUGUCGUGGAAACGCCUGGAGGGCUCUCGUUCGUCUUCAUUCCCGAGGAUGAAGAGACGGAUAGUAAGGAGACGAAGAACGAGGACGGUGGAAAGAAGCGAUUAGGGAAGAAUGAGGACAAAAGUGAUGAGAAGGGAAGGGGGAUGGGUAGGGAGGAGGAGAGAGAUGAACUCAGGAAGAAGUUGCAGCAGCACCAGCAGCACCAGCAGCAGGCGGAGGAUGAGGCGGAAGAAGAGGAGCAAGAAUCUCAGCAAGGGAGCGAAGAGGUUUAUAAGGAGGAAUUGUAG